CCCCUCUCCAAUCAUAGAGUUUCCCUCAUAUUUCAGCCUAUCUCAGUCCUCAUCAGUGCCUGGGUAGGGGUGGGGGAGUCCUCCCCUUCAUUGCCCCUCCCCAUCCCAGUCCCCACUCACCUGUGCCAGCUUGAGGGGUCCCUCAUCCAUCACGACCCAAACUGGUAAAGGUUCGACAAUACGAAAUCUGAGGAGACACUACAAUAAUAACACCCUCCCUGCCCCCCGUAGGAGUCCUUAGGAAUGGGGGGGAGGUGGAAGGGGGGGGGGGGUUGACAAAUACCACCCUGGUAUCUCCUCGCUUUGUCACGUCCCUGCAGUGUCAAGUGUGGCACUGCUGGUGCCACCCACGCCGCGGGCAUAGGAGGACACAAGGAACCUCCCACCUCCUCUUGGGCCCCCCCUCAGGCUUUACCCAGUGCCCGCCCACCCCCCAGGGGACACAGGUGGACAGGGAUGUCUGUUCUGCCCUGGGUGGCAUCAGGGCCAGCCCUCGCCCCAGGGACGUGGGCACCUCCCUGAAGCACCCAAAGCAUCUUUCUGGAGCAUCCAAGCGUAGAAGUGGGCAUCCAAGCAUAGAACAGGGACAGAAAGAUCACCAAGGGCACCCGAGAACCACCCUGGGGCACCCAAGAAUGUCUUUGUGAAACCAAGCAUCUCCAUAAGCACCUCCUUGGAUCACCAAGCAUGUUUCUGAGGUACCCUAGCAUCACCCAAGGGUGCUCUCGGAGCACUGAAGAAUCUCCUUGGAGCACCCAAGCAUCUUCAUGGAGGAAGAAGGCAUCUCUACGGGGCACCUCCUUGGUGCACCCGGCCAUUUGAAUUAGUGUGGGUCCAAUGGGGGUUGAGAUAGGUCAGCACAGAUCAAGGUGGGUCAGCACAGAUCAAUAUGGGUCAACACAGAUCAAUAUGGGUCAGUGAAGAGCAACACGGGUCGACAUAGAUCAUCAUGGGGCAAUGGGGAUCAACUGCCACACAGAUCAACACAUCAGGAUGAUGGACCAACAAAACAUGGGUCGAAAUGGAUCAGCACUGCACCAACACGGGUCAACACAGAGGAUCCAGGACCUGUGGGGAUCCCUAUAGGGUUCUGUGAGCCAUCUGGGAGGUACAUAGGGGAGUCAGACCCUAUAGGGGGAUGCUGGUGGGGGGAAAGCCCCCUGCGCAGGUCUAUAGGAGGACCAGAUUUUCCCUGUGUGGCUCCACAGGGGAACCCAAACCUGCGUGGAUCCCCAUGGGAAUCUAUAGUGAUCAAUGAAGGGCACAGGUCAUAUAGGGGAUCCCAGUUGGUCACCCUAUGGGAGCCUUUAGGGGUCUUCACAGGGGGACUUCAGCUCCUCGUGGGUCUCCACAGGGGAUUGAGGCACCACAGGGUCGCCAUGGGGGUCACUGAGUCCCUGCGAAGGCGCCUUUGGGGCUCUGUGGGGUCUCUAUGGCAGUCGUCAUCGUGCCUCCCUCUCCCCAGCCCGUCUCUAUGGUUGCGGAGGCUGGAGGACCGCGCACUCUCCCCUAGUCUCUAUGCUCCUCACUCACUUCCGUUCACCGGCCGGAAGUGACGCAAGGCGGCGACCGGAAGCAGCAGCGGCGGCGGCGGCAGUGCUUCGGGGCGUGGGGGGAGGCGGCGGCGGCUGCUGCCGCGAGGUACCUCCAGACCUCAGCAACGGACCCCGCUCCGCGCCGUCCCCGCUGCCAUGGCUGAGGCCGUGCAUUACAUCCACUUGCAGAACUUCAGCCGCUCGCUGUUGGAAACCCUCAACGGGCAGCGCCUGGGAGGCCACUUCUGCGACGUGACAGUUCGUAUCCGUGAAGCCACCCUGCGUGCUCACCGCUGCGUCCUGGCGGCCGGCAGCCCUUUUUUCCACGACAAACUGCUGCUGGGUCACUCGGCCAUCGAAGUGCCGCCCGUCGUCCCCAGCGGGGCCGUGAGACAGCUGGUGGAGUUCAUGUACAGCGGGUGCCUGGUGGUGGCCCAAUCCGAAGCUCUGCAGAUCCUCACCGCUGCCUCCAUCCUACAGAUCAAGACGGUGAUCGAUGAGUGCACGCAGAUCAUCUCGCAGAGCCGCAGUCCCAAAGUGCUGCCACCUGCCCGACCGCCGCCGCCGGUGCCUGCUGAUGCUCACCACAAGCUCCGUGAGCUCUUGAUGCCACCACAGGAGAACGAUGGCUACUUCGGACCGUCCAGCUGUCACAGCCGUAAGCAGAGGCAACCGCUGCGGCUCCAGCUGCCAGUCAAGGAGGAGGAGGAAGAGGAGGUGGGGGGAGGCAAUGAGGAAGGCUCAGCACCCCCCGUGCCGUUCCCUGCCGAAGAGCCGCCGUUUUUUGGUCCCCCCGACGUCUUCUCUGAUGCCUUCCUGCCACCUUGGCCGAGUGAUGAUGGGGGCAAAGUGGGACCUGAGUGCAGCCUGGAGGCAUCGGGGAGGGGUCCAGCUUUUGGGACAGAGGUGGAGCUGGGAGGGAGCAGCCUAGGGUUUGCCCCCACUGUGCCACCCCUCUACGAGGAGGGGUUUGUGGAGGGAGGGACGAGUGGUGGUGUCCCUCUGGUCCCCAAGGUGCCACGGGCCGGCCCGUCACGUCGCCCCGAGCCAUCCUACCAGUGUGGCCAUUGCCAGAAGACCUUCAGCUCCCGCAAGAACUACACCAAGCACAUGUUCAUCCACUCUGGUGAGAAGCCCCAUCAGUGUUCCAUCUGCUGGCGCUCCUUCUCACUCCGUGACUACCUGCUGAAGCACAUGGUGACCCACACGGGCGUCCGUGCCUUCCAGUGCAGCAUCUGCUGCAAACGCUUCACCCAGAAGAGCUCCCUCAACGUCCACAUGCGAACCCACCGCGCCGAGCGCUUCCAGUGCCGCCUCUGCACCAAAGGCUUCUCCCACCGCACCCUCCUGGAGCGGCACGCUGCUGCCACCCACCCCGUGCCACCUCCAGGGCCACCUCCAGGGCCACCUCCACCAGACACCAAGGGCGUGGGUGUCAGUCACGCUCACAUGGCAUAAGGGUGCCCCAGAGGCUUGUCGC